GUUCCUGGCGACCAUCCCGUGAAAUCAACAAACUCUCUUUCUUCCAUAUCUCUCUCCUCCAACAACUCUCCCUCACAUUCAAAUUAUCACUCAUCAUGUCAAACCAGCAGAACAGUGCCCGUCUUGAGGCUCUCGAUGUCAAGAUGAAGGAGCUGAUCGAGACAUUCGAAUCCCACCCGCAAAUUGCCUCCCCCGCCCCCCACCCAACCGCCUUCUUCCUCUUUGACUUCGUCAAAAACACCUACAACACCCUGCAAAAGAUCGAUGCCGCCAGGUACGCCUCCGGUGACCGCCAGGCCCUUGAUGCCAUUCAAGAAGUCACUGGCCGCAACCAGUUCACCAGCGUCCUGAUCAACGAUACCUCCGGCAAGCUGGCUCUCAUGACUGGCGGCGACCCUUCCCGCCCAUUCGACUUUGGAGCUACCGUCAAGGCCAAGGCCAAGGAGCUGGCUGAUAUCUAAGCCCGGGAAAUGAUCCCAUACGGCCUUUGGUUUUUCGGUCUUUCCUCCUGGUAGCUUUUUUUGGGGGUGGUUUCCUUUUCGCAUCUCCACCCGCUCGCACACAUAACGACAUGUGGGUUUACAUUGGAAUCUAAGGUUGUCUUUCCAGUCGCUUGUCGAUUGAAAAUCAGUCUAGUUCCGCCCAUAUCUAACGAUCUUUCCUUUUUUUUUUUCCCCCCAUGACGAUAACACGUUCCGUUCAUAUGUGCUAUUCAUAAACGAAACGUCAUACCCUCGGGCACCUUUUAUUACAUACGCGUAAUUGAAAAGUUGAUUGUUGUUUGCAUGCG